GCGGGAGAUAGGGUCCGGCUGGGGAGUAAGCAGCCAGGGAGACCGAGUCUUUAGGCUGAGACGUCAGAGGUCGCCGGAAGUGCAGGGCCGCUGCCGCCAGGGCUAGAAGCGGGAGAAGGCGAGGAAUCCCGAGCCACAUAGAGUCCCCACCCCCGACCCGUACAUUUUUCCAGGAUGCAAGCCCGAAGUUUGAGAAACUUGUGAGGAAAUAAAGGAAGUUAGGCUGAGGGGCAGAGAGCGAGACUUUUCUAUUUCCCAAAAGCUCGGUCUGAGGCCCCUCAGUCUUGCUUCCUACCCCGCGCUUGAGUUUCUCCCGGUUGGAUGCGCUCAGGGGCACUGAGAAGAGAAACUCCUGGGUUCCUUAGAGGCCCCGUUCUCCAGGGCAGAAGCUCAAGGCCUGCUUCCCACCCUCCCUCCUGUGUUAGGAGUGUGGUGCUGAGAAGCCACAGAAAAGGGUAUGGGCUUCUUUUGCCAAAGAAAACACAGCCGUUGCACCGAGUUUUGCAGAAACCGUCUGUAUUUGGGAAUGAUUCUGAUGAUGAUGAUGAGACCUCCGUGAGUGAAAGCCUUCAGAGGGAAGCUGCUAAGAAGCAGGCCAUGAAACAGACCAAACUGGAGAUUCAGAAAGCUCUUGCAGAAGAUUCCACUGUGUAUGAGUAUGACAGCAUUUAUGAUGAAAUGCAGAAAAAAAAGGAAGAAAGUAAUCCCAAAUUGCUUUUGGGGAAAGAUCGAAAGCCCAAAUACAUUCACAAUUUGCUAAAAGCAGUGGAGAUCAGAAAAAAGGAACAGGAAAAAAGAAUGGAAAAGAAAAUACAGAGAGAGCGAGAGAUGGAAAAGGGAGAAUUUGAUGAUAAAGAGGCAUUCGUGACAUCUGCUUAUAAAAAAAAACUUGAAGAGAGAGCUGAGGAGGAGGAAAGAGAGAAGAAGGCUGCUGCCCUGGAAGCACGACUGGAUGUGACCAAACAGAAAGAUCUCAGUGGAUUUUAUAGGCACCUGCUAAAUCAAGCAGUUGGUGAAGAGGCAGUUCCUAAGUCCAGCUUCCGUGAAGCCAGGACUGGAAUAAAAGAAGAGAAGCCCAGGGGUUACUCUGAUGAAAUAAAUUCAGAGGAGAGACCACAGCAGAACUGUGCUCUUCAAAAUGGUGAAGAGGAGGCAAACCCAGAUGCUGACAGCGAUUUUGACACUAAGAGCAGUGAUGACGAUGAAAGGGGAGGAAAUAAAGUAAACUACAGACGGGAAGAAGACACAGAAGCCUCCAAGAAACACCCCAAGCAUCACAAGAAUCAUACCCACUCACGAUCAUCUAGUGAAGAGAGAGGGCAUGGUACCAAGUACCACUCCAGAAGCCCCAAGUCAAGAGGUCAUCACCAGGACAGGCAGGCCAGAGAGCAGGAGAGCCGGCACACGGACCACGGCCACCGCAGAGAAAAGAGUUCCCACAGGCACAGAGAAGCCGAUCACAAAGAUGACUACUGCAAGAGGCCUGAGCACGAAGAUAAACUGAGGAGACGAGAACCGCGAGAGAGAGGGGGCAGAGAGUGGGAAAGGGAGACACACUCCUCUAGAGAGCUAGAAAGAGACAGACACCGUCAUGACCAGGACCGAUACAGUGAGAAAGGAAGAAAGGAGAGAUAUGAGAGCAACGGUAGGCACAGAGAGAUGGAAAAACAGGAACGAAGUCGAGACAGAAGGGAAAGCAGUCCAAGGUCUAGACCAAAGGACGAAUUUCUUGAGCAGGAAAAAUCCAGCAGAAUAAGAAAUGUGGAAAAGGACAAAGGGGAUCAAGAGAAGCCCUCUCGUUCUGAAACCUCACCAACAACAAAGCACAGACUGGCAGAGGAGAGGCAGGAGAGGCCCCCUGAGGCCCUGAGCAAGUUUGCAAAGCGGAGCAGUGAGGAGACUGUGCUGUCAGCCAGAGACAGGUACUUGGCCAGGCAGAUGGCGCGGAUUAAUGCAAAGACUUACAUUGAGAAAGAAGAUGACUAAUGGCUGCCAGGGUCUGGAGUUCCUGAGCAUAGAACAUUGUGACCCCUGGAACUUGCUUUAAGAAAGCAGACAAGUAUGUGAACAGUGACUGGAGGGUAUUUUUUAUGGUAUAUUUUCAAAAUUUGUGAAGUCAGAAGUCAGUUCUUUCAGGUUCAGUGCGCGGCUGGACUUGUGAGAUAUUUCCUAGUCUGUAACACUUUGUUGAUUGUACUCAAGAAUCAUAGUGUUAAAUCUUCCAGUAGAUCCGUUGUGAGGAAAAUUGGCUUCCUUAAAACCAUUAAAAUAAGUCUUUAAUAA